AUGGCGUGCGCGUCAGCUCCGGGCGGCAGGAGGCGACGCAGACGUAGUGGUGCACCGUCAGCCGCUCCAUCAACGCCUCCGCAAUCUUGCGGGACUUCAUCUCGUCCCGCUGCUUGUCGAGGUAGCGCAGGCGAAACUCCAGGUCGCCCCCCUCCCGCGACGUACGGUGCUCCUGCGGCACCCCUGGCAGUCGUGUUCCACUGCCGUACACCUGCUUCGCAUGCUGCGCGCGGCGCCAGUGCAGGCCGGACGCCGCUUCGCUCCCGGGGGAGGCUGCAGGCAGCAACUGCUGCUGCGAAGGCGGGGAAGAUGGGGGCAAUGGAGAUGCCCGCGACGUUGUCUCCGCCGACGUCUCCCCACCUGCUUCUGCCGCCUUGCGCCCUUCCAGGAAAUUUUGGUCCAUGA